AUGGGAAACUGGGAGUCCCACCUCUACGAACAACCUGCUCAGAAACUGGGCGAGUUUAUCCACAACAACCUGAGGCCCUUUGAAGACUGUCAGAAACAGAUCGACCAGACUGUGGACACCAUCUGUGCAGUCCUGCAGAAAGCUGAGCAGUCCCCGCUGGUGACCAGUGUGGCUAAAGGUGGCUCCUAUGGCCGGAAAACGGUCUUGAGGGGCAAGUCUGAUGGUACCCUCGUCAUCUUCUUCAGCGGCCUUGAACAAUUCCAGGAUCAGAAGAAAAGCCAACAUAAACUCCUCAGCCAAAUCUGGGCACAGUUGAAACAAUGUGAGGUCACAAGGCAACAACUGGCAGCCAAGAUGGAGAUACAGACUAUCAAUGACAGGCUCUUCAUCCUGCUGUCCACAAAACAACAGACCAUCACUUUCGAGAUGCUGCCUGCCUUCAACGCUCUGGGCUUAAGUGAGAAGCCCAGCCUCUGCACCUAUCGAGAGCUCGAAAGAUCCUUGAAUAUGAGGAAAGCCAGCCCUGGUGAGUUCUCGGUCUGCUUCACCGAACUCCAGGAGAAGUUUUUUAGCAACCAUCCCAGCAAACUGAGGGAUUUGAUCCUCUUGGUAAAGUACUGGUGUCUCCAGUGCCAGAAAGAGCAGACGUCUCUAUCCCUGCUGCCCCUGUACGCGCUGGAGCUGCUUACGGUCUAUGCCUGGGAACAGGGGUGUGGAGCAGAAGACUUUGAUAUAGCCGAAGGCCUCAGGACUGUUCUGGGGCUUAUCGAGAAGCAGGAGCAGCUGUGUGUCUAUUGGAUGGUCAACUACAACUUUGAGUAUGACGCCAUCCGCAACAUCCUGCUGGGCCAUCUCCGAUCCCCGAGGCCUAUAAUCUUGGAUCCAACUGACCCAACCCAUAAUGUGAGCAGAGGUAACACCUGCUGGCAGCUGCUAAAAAAAGAAGCUCAAAUUUGGUUGUCUUCUCUCAGGCUGAAUGAGUCACCUGGACCGUCCUGGAAUGUUCUGCCUACGUCACUCUAUGUGACUCCAAGCCAUCUUCUAGAUAAGUUCAUUAAGGACUUUCUCCAGCCCGAUAAGACUUUCCUCGAUCAGAUCAAGAAAGCUGUUGACAUCAUCUGUAAGUUCCUUAAAGAAAAUUGCUUUCGGCAUUCAACUACAAAGAUUCAGAAGAUCGUCAAGGGGGGGUCGACCGCCAAAGGCACGGCUCUGAAGUCCGGGUCCGAUGCCAACCUCGUCGUGUUCACGGACUCGCUGAAAAGCUACACCUCCCAAAAAAGCGAGAGCUGGAGCAUCAUCAAGGAGAUCCACAAGCAGCUGGAAGCCUGUCAGCAGGAGAAGGAUUUUGAAGUGAAGUUUGAGAUUUCAAAAGGGAAGGCUCCCUGGGUGCUGAGCUUCACUCUGAAAUCCAAAGUCCUCAACGAAAGUGUUGACUUUAACAUCCUGCCUGCAUUUAAUGCCCUAGGUGAACUGAAGUCUAGCUCUACACCCAGUCCCAGGAUCUAUGUUGACCUCAUCAAUUUGAACAAAUCCUCAGACGCCCUGGGGGGAGAAUUUUCUACCUGUUUCACGGAGCUACAGUGCAAUUUCGUUCGCUCCCAGCCCACCAAACUGAAGGAUUUAAUUCGCCUGGUGAAGCACUGGUACAAAUGGUGUGAAAGCAAACUGAAGCAAAAGGGGUCUCUGCCCCCCAAGUACGCCUUGGAGCUGCUCACCAUCUACGCCUGGGAGCAGGGGAGCAGGGCGCAGGAUUUUGACACGGCUGAAGGUUUCCGGGCAGUCCUUGAGUUGGUCACAAAAUAUCAGCAACUCUGUGUCUUCUGGAAGGUCAACUACGACUAUGAGGAUGUGACUGUGAGGAACUUCCUUCUGACCCAGAUCCAGAGAACCAGGCCUGUGAUCUUGGACCCAGCCGAUCCUACUGGCGACGUGGGCGGAGGGGACCGUUGGUGUUGGCAUCUUCUAGCAAAAGAAGCGACUGAAUGGUUGUCUUCUGUUUGCUUCAAAGACGGGUUAGGAUACCCCACACAAGUGUGGAACGUGCCAGUAAGCACAGUGCAGACACCAGGAAGUUGUGGAACAGGGAUGCAUUCUGUUGUCAAGGAGAUGAGCUUAUUCGGAAGUUAUAGAUUCCUGGAAUAAUAAUGCUGAAAGAAACUUCUAGCGACCAUCAGGCAAUUGCUUUUAAAGAUUCAGUUCACUGUGUAAAAGAGUAACCCAUUCUUCCCUUGACCGUCCCCACUACUUCUUCCCUGUCUUUUUCACCUCCGCUUGAAAUCAAGACCCCCAACGUCCUCUGUAAAGUCUCUCCUCGCCUCGCUGAAAUCUCGUUCCGUGUGUGACCUCCGUUACUAAGAAUAUUUGCUCUCGUCCAGCUUUAUGUGCACCAUGUUGGUCAACCAUUCUGUAUUUUGCCAAUUACUAACUCUUUCCCUUUCCUUCAAGACUUAGAAGAGGGAGCUCUUCCCAAAGGGAAGCCCUUUACCUGCCCCUUGGUUCCCAUAAUUCCAGGAUCUUGCUCUCACACCCCUCCACCUCA